GUUCGGCGAGCCUAUCGAUCUGUGCUGUUAAUCUGUGUUAUAAAAUUUCUGCUUCAAUUUCAAAAAUAAAAACAAAUUACCAUCGUUUCUAUGAUUGUUCUGAUCAAAAGCAAUUAGCGAUGGAAAACUAUUGCAGAGUUUGCCUCCGAUCUGAUGAAUUUAAGAAGGUACACCUCACAACCGUAUCGCAGAUCGGUGAUAUGCGAAUUGACGAUAUGAUUGCAUUCUGUACACAAUUAGAGGUAAAUACAGAAGACAGCCUCCCUCAACAGAUAUGCAUCGAGUGCAUGGCAGCACUCAAUUCGACAUUUGUAUUUCGAAAACAGUUCUAUCGUUCAGAUACCACUUUACGCGAGAUGUUUAAAAGGUUGGCGUGUGAACCAUGUCUAGUGCCAGUGCGCGAUUCAGAUGUUCUUCCACAAGUACCAAUCGCGUCUGAUGAUCUGAAUAAAAUAACAAUCAAACAGGAUUUUUCAGAAGAAGAUGAAUGUUUGACCAUGAUUGAAUAUGAUGAAUCUCUAGCAAUAGAUGCAAAUGAAAUAUUGCCUUCCCAAGAUCCGAAAAAGACGGACUCUCGAACUAAGAAAAGAUAUGUUUGUGAAGAUUGUGGAUACAAUACAUCUCUCGCUAACAAUUUCAAUCGGCACAAAAAAAGACGUCGAGAUUGUGCGUUUGAAAAACAAGCUCGAAUUUUGAGAUCACAGAGAGAUCUUCUUAGAAAGAAGCCCCGUUUAUCGGAGAUGAGAGAUUUCUUUUGCGAAGAAUGCGAAUAUAUUACGAAGAGGAAAGCCAAUUUGCAACGGCAUCAACAAACGUUUCAUCCGUAUGCUGUGAAUGACGCGCUUUCAGAUAUUCUGGAGCAGACUGUACAGAACAUUGACCCGGUAUCGAAUAACUCGGAGGCAUGUUGUGGACCUAAACUCGAUGAACCGAAGGAAGCUGACUUCCUAUCGAAUGAUGCGGACGCAUCGCAAGGGCCGAAAGAGACUGUUCAGAACGAUACUUCACUACCGGAUGAAUUGAAGACAGCCUUUGAAUCGAUCGAUACGGUUACUUGUUAUGCGCCUGUGUUGAACGACAUUCCUGUAACAAGCGGAAAAGGCCGAGUUGUUCAUGUAUGCAAAAAAUGUGGCUAUAGCACAAGCAAGAGUCACAAUCUUUCACGACACCAAAAUGUGCGACAGCACACACAUUUCGGAAGAAUCACAAUUACGAUACCUGAGGACAAAUCACAUGAAAAAUCCUCCGAUACGUUGCGCACAGCAUUCUUCUGUGAGGAUUGUGGCUAUCAAAAUUAUUCUCACUCGAUAUUCAACCGACAUCAGGCAUCCUGGAAGCAUACCAAUUUCCAUACGUUCCAGAAAUAUUUUCCAAGAAAAAGAGCGGCAAGUGAAUAUGUGUGUCCACUUUGUGGUGAGAUGUGUCCCUCUAGAGUUAGCCUAAGACGACAUACCACAAAAUGCUGGAGAACUUUGUACAAAGAAGAGGAUACGGAGAAACAGGCAUCUGAUUCAGAUGCCACUCGAACUGAUCCCGCGGAACAGGAUACAAAUACAAUAUUUGCAAAACUUGAUCCGACAUCAGUACAGAAAUCAUUGAAUAUCAAUAUCGAUCAAACAUUACCGCAAAUUUACGACCUCUCUUCGUUGACACAAACAACACAAGAUGAGAUAAACAUCAAACGAGAGUUUUUGGAACCAGACGAUUGUCUGGAUUCAGCGGUGAAUGAAUAUAACGAAUCUCUAGCGACAGAUUUAAAUGAAAAAGAAACUUCCGGAGACACUGACGAGAUGAAAAUUGUUCGAGUUGCAGAUUCACUUGCGAAUUUUAAAUCGCUCAAAAUCGAACAGCAAAAUUGUGCAUCAGCAAAAAAAUCCGUUUCGGAAAUAAAAGAUAUAUUUCUGAGGAGUAUGAAAUCUCUUUCGAAUAACCCAAAGAUGAGAGAGCGGAGAAUUUAUUUCUGCGAAGUAUGCGGAUACAACACAGUGAAGAAAGCAAAUUUUGUUAGGCAUCAGAAAGCGCUCCUGCAUCAUUCUCCAGAGAGCGACAAGCAUGACGACUCGAAGUACACUGUCCAGUACUAUGCUGCGCUGUUGGAUGAAACGGAGGAAUCGUUUGGCGAUCCUUAUAGUGCUCAGUGUGAGGAUUCUCAACUGAAUGAUACGCAUUUGAUCCCGGAACGUACAAUUGAAAAAUCAUCCACCCAAAAAAGAUUGCAGAAGGGCUUCUAUUGUGAGGAUUGUGGCUAUAAAAAUCAAUCUUUUGCGAAUUUUAUUCGACACCAGGCUUCCAGGAAUCACACCAAUUCCCACACGUUUAAUGGACUUAUUACGAGGCAAAGAGCGUUCAAACCAAGAAAAUGCGUGUGCCCGCAUUGUGACGGAAAGUGUAUCAGCCGAGAUUCCUUGAAGCGACAUUUGAUGAAAUGUCAAGUUGCAUUGAAAAAAGCAGAAAUGGUGCGCACUGAUGAGUAAGAUAAGAUCGAUACAUAAAUAAUCUGAUUGCGUUGGAAAAACUAAUCCUCGAAUGUAACUGCGUCAAACUCUAGAUCGUGUGAUUUUUCAAUACAUACAUUUUAACGUAAAACAGUACUAUGACACAAUGCUUAUGUUGAGUAUUUUUAAGGCAGUUAUUGCUUCGUCCAAACCACAUUGUAAAUUGUGUACCGCAAUAGAAUAUAUUACCUUACCACAUAUAAUGUUAAUGUAUAAUAAUUCAG